UUCAAACUACUAUAUUUCCAUUCCAUUUCAGCUAAUUUACAGAGAAUACUGAAUCCAUCCAUCCAUACAAACAGUUCAUUCAUGGAUAACAACAACAACAAUAAUCAGCAAUCGUUCUGGCAAUUCAGCGAUCAACUCCGUCAUCAGACUAACAACAUGGCGAAUCUCACUCUCAAUGAUUCAAUAUGGACAAGUUCAUACGCAUCCAAGCGUCCAGAAGAAAGAAAGAAUUUUGAUAUCAGGGUUGGAGCUGAACUUCACUCAGUCAAUUCAUCAAACACCAUGAAGACAAAUUCCACCGAUUUCAAUGGAUUCAAUGGUGAUUGGAAGAUCGGUGGAUCUGAUGUUAAUUUAGUUAACGAUAGCUGGAAAUUUGGUUCUUCUGGACUCGGAUCUAUCGGAUCGUCGCAGAAAAUGGUCAACGGUGGUGGUGGUGGCGGUGGACCUUAUUUGGGUCUUAACGGUGGGUUUAACAAAGGGGUUUAUUCGAAACCUUCUUUGAAUUACAAUCAUAACUACAACAACAGUAUCAAUAAUGUUAAUCUUAUGGCGAAUAGUAAGAUGAACAGAAACGGAGAAGAAUAUGGUGGGAAAAAUGGUAAGAAGAAUAAGAACAGUAAUAAUAAGGAGAAGGAUAAUAGUAACAAUGGUGAUGGGAAAAAUGGUGUUGAUAAGAGGUUUAAGACACUUCCUCCAUCGGAGGCUUUGCCGAGAAAUGAAACUGUUGGUGGGUAUAUCUUUGUCUGCAACAAUGAUACAAUGCAAGAGAAUCUUCAAAGACAUCUCUUUGGUUUGCCUCCUAGGUACCGCGAUUCAGUCAGACAAAUCAUUCCCGGCUUGCCAAUUUUUCUCUACAACUAUUCUACCCACCAGCUCCAUGGAAUUUUCGAGGCUGCCAGCUUUGGUGGAUCUAACAUCGACCCUUCGGCUUGGGAAGACAAGAAGAAUCCUGGCGAGUCCCGUUUCCCUGCUCAGGUGAAGGUUGUGACAAGGAAGAUAUGUGUGCCGCUAGAGGAAGACUCUUUCAGGCCAAUUCUCCAUCACUACGAUGGCCCAAAAUUCCGUCUCGAGCUCAACAUUCCCGAGACACUCUCUCUUUUGGACAUAUUUGAAGAGAACAAACCUUGAUCUGGAAUGCCCGGGUGGUUCGAAGGAGGACGAAUAGCGGAUAAUAGCAAAGGUGGAAGAAUAAUAAAAGAGUUAGAUUAGAUUAUGGUAUACUGGCAAAAACUAUAAUGUAUAUUUGGAGGAGUGAAAGAGAGCUUGAAAGGAGGAACGACAAUGGUGGUUUCUGUUCAGCCAACUUCUUAUGCUUGUGUAAAAUGUGAUGGAAUGAACUUUUUUGUAUAUAUAUACUUGAUGGUAUAAAAUAAUGAAUAAGAACCAGACUUAUAAUAA